GGUUUGUGGUGGGCGGGGCGCUCUCCUGGAUCGACGCAGCGGCGCGAUGGGGGUGAAGCUGGAAGUGUUCCGGAUGUUAGUGUAUUUGACAUUCCCAGUCGGUAUGUUCUGGAUUUCUAACCAGUCAGAAUAUUUUGAAGAAUAUGUAAUCAAACGGAAGAAAGAAAUCUUUCCACCAGAAAAUGACUACCAGAGAAAGGAGUUGGAAGCCUUCAAAGAGCGAAUUAGGAAGAGGCAGGAGGAGCAGGAGCUGCAGAUGGUGAAAGAGUAAGGGUGUGGCAUUCUCCCUCUCGCCACAGUCUGAGGCACUCUCAACCAAAUUGCUGUCACUGGUGUCCUUCUUUAACUGGAUUGUACUCCUCCAGGACUCUGUGGAUGAUGAAAUGAGGGGAAUUGCAAGGAGAAGAGUUCCACCUCUCAUUCCCGAAUAGAAGUUCUUCAUGUAAGACUGAGGGGAAAGUGAAGUGGACGUUGCCUAUUUCUGUCACAUUAUUCUGUCCCUGUUGACCCCUGCCAUUGUAUUGUGAGCCACUUAGAAUAAAAGCACUGUAUCUGUAAGAAGGGUGACCUUCGGCAUAUCUUCCA